GGCGGCCGCCGGGGCCUAUUGGAGCCUCCUGACCCUGCGGGACCCAAGUGCGGGAGCCCCUGGAGUUGAAGUCAGGGUUGGGUCCUGGCGUUUCCUUACCCCGGCGGCGGCUUGAGGUCCAGACGCUGGUGCCCCUUACCAGCCGGGAAAAGCCAGCCCAGUCCCACCUCCCGGUGGUUUACACUUUAAACCCCUUGUCCUGAUGAUCAGUUUCGUCUUCGUCAAUUUUAUGACAUUUGGAAUCUCAAGAGCUGGAGGUGCAGAGAACUGAGAGACAGGUACUGCGUGUGUGGCUUGUUCUACUUAGAGACUAAAAUGGCUUCCAGAGGAAAGACAGAAACAAGCAAAUUAAAGCAGAAUUUAGAAGAACAGUUGGAUAGACUAAUGCAGCAACUGCAGGAUCUGGAGGAGUGCAGAGAGGAACUUGAUGCAGAUGAAUAUGAAGAGACCAAAAAGGAAACUUUGGAGCAACUCAGUGAAUUUAAUGAUUCACUAAAGAAAAUUAUGUCUGGAAAUAUGACUUUGGUAGAUGAAUUAAGUGGAAUGCAACUGGCGAUCCAGGCAGCUAUCAGCCAGGCCUUUAAAACCCCAGAGGUCAUCAGAUUGUUUGCCAAGAAACAACCGGGUCAGCUCCGGACAAGGCUAGCAGAGAUGGACAGAGAUCUCAUGGUGGGGAAGCUGGAAAGAGACCUGUAUACUCAACAGAAAGUGGAGAUACUAACAGCUCUCAGGAAACUUGGAGAGAAGCUGACUGCGGACGAUGAGGCCUUCUUGUCAGCAAAUGCAGGUGCUAUCCUCAGCCAGUUUGAGAAGGUCUCUACAGAUCUCGGCUCUGGAGACAAAAUUCUUGCUUUGGCCAGUUUUGAGGUCGAAAAAACAAAAAAAUGAUACGGUGUGGAAGCUUGGGACUUUGAUAACAUUUUUGUUGUAAAUGGUGUUUUUCUUCUGGGGACUUUGAGUCAUUGGAAAGAAAGCAAGAGGGUCUAGAAGUGCAAACUAAUCUAAGAUAGCCACGACUGCCUGGGCUCUGCUCCCGCACCCCACCGCGCUGGGGGUCCUCGAGUGUCCUGGGGGAAGGCGCCCACCAACCCUUACUGUGACUUGUUUAAGAGAGAACAGAAAACAGUUUCUCAGCUUUUUUAAAAUUAAUGCUCCUAGUUCUUCAGCACUGGUACUAUAUGAAAAGAUACCAACUAAGGAUUCUUCUGUUUAUAACCUACCCCACCUUCCGAGUGAGCAGUGCAGCACCACAGCAGACCUCCUGUGUUCACCGUGUUUUAGGGCUCUAAGGCAUCAUAGGCAUAGUUUCAGCUUACAGACAGGCAAACAGGCUCAGAGAAAGCCAGGGACUUGUUUAAAGUAACCUGAGAGUCCGCACGAGGGCCAAGACUCAGGUGGCCCGCUCAGUUCAUCGUCCAUUGAACUUUAUUUCUUUAUUCUGUGCUGUUUAACAAACAAAGUUUUUACAUGUUUGUGGAAGUCCAUGUUUAUGAAAACUCAGUGUCCCAGCAAAAAGUUGCCAUGAGGGACCAUGCCCCAGCCCUGGCCUAAGGUCUCCCUGUGAAUGGGGCCCAUUGUGCUGCAGAAGGCUGAGCUGGGAACAAUGGAGCCCUGUUGAGCAGCUCCAGAAGUGACUUAACCUCCUGUGUUGUUUCGCCCGGAAGCAAUUGCAGUUGGCAGCUAGACGCCCUCCUGUGUGUGACCUCUGCGGAAACCAGGAGUCGGUGAAGCUAAGCUACUACUUACUCUGCAGCUUUUGGAGAACCACAGAGUAAGUCUCAAGGAGCAGCGGGUUCCCCUGUGCGCCAGAAGCUGGAUUUGCCCGUGGGCAUGCUCAUUCCCCAGGCUCAGGCCUCUCUAUUUCCUUUCACGUAGUUUCCAUGCUUCUUCCUUUGCAUUUUGUACAAAUCCAAAGCGGAAGCUUCGUGUGUGCUGUAAAGUACCAGGUGCUCUGCCAGCUGGGCGCAGUUGGCCUCUGCUGCACCGAUGCCUUACUUGGAACUCUGCGGGGAUGGCUUCUGUGUGGGUUAAUGAUGGGCAGAGCUCAUGCUGAAACUGUAAUAAACCAAACAAAGUAUGUUACGUGGAGUUCA